AUGUCCGGGGUGGUGCGGACCCUCAGCCGCUGCCUGCUGCCGGCCGAGGCCGGGGCCCGCGAGCGCAGGGCGGGCGGCGCGCGCGACGCGGAGCGCGAGGCCCGGCGGCGCAGCCGCGACAUCGACGCGCUGCUGGCCCGGGAGCGGCGCGCCGUGCGGCGGCUCGUCAAGAUCCUGCUGCUGGGCGCGGGCGAGAGCGGCAAGUCCACCUUCCUCAAGCAGAUGCGCAUCAUCCACGGCCGCGAGUUCGACCAGAAGGCGCUGCUCGAGUUCCGCGACACCAUCUUCGACAACAUCCUCAAGGGCUCCAAGGUUCUUGUGGAUGCGCGAGACAAGCUUGGCAUCCCUUGGCAGUAUUCUGAAAAUGAGAAGCACGGCAUGUUCCUGAUGGCCUUCGAGAACAAAGCCGGGCUGCCUGUGGAGCCGGCCACGUUCCAGCUGUACGUGCCCGCGCUGGGCGCGCUCUGGAGGGACUCUGGCAUCAGGGAGGCAUUCAGCCGCAGGAGCGAGUUCCAGCUGGGUGAAUCGGUGAAAUACUUCCUGGACAACUUGGACCGCAUCGGCCAGCUGAACUACCUGCCCAGCAAGCAGGACAUCCUGCUGGCCAGGAAGGCCACCAAGGGCAUCGUGGAGCACGACUUUGUCAUCAAGAAGAUCCCCUUCAAAAUGGUGGACGUGGGCGGCCAGCGCUCGCAGCGGCAGAAGUGGUUCCAGUGCUUCGACGGGAUCACGUCCAUCCUCUUCAUGGUGUCCUCCAGCGAGUACGACCAGGUGCUGAUGGAGGACCGGCGCACCAACCGGCUGCUCGAGGCCAUGAACAUCUUCGAGACCAUCGUCAACAACAAGCUCUUCGUCAACGUCUCCAUCAUCCUCUUCCUCAACAAGAUGGACCUGCUGGUGGAGAAGGUGCGGACGGUCAGUAUCCAGAAGCACUUCCCGGACUUCCAGGGCGACCCGCACCGGCUGGAGGACGUGCAGCGCUACCUGGUCCAGUGCUUCGACCGGAAGCGGAGGAACCGCAGCAAGCCCCUGUUCCACCACUUCACCACCGCCAUCGACACCGAGAACAUCCGCUUCGUGUUCCACGCCGUGAAGGACACCAUCCUGCAGGAGAACCUCAAGGACAUCAUGCUGCAGUGAGGACGGCCGCCUCGCGUGGGUGAGGCCUGGGAGCGCGGCUCGCUCCCUUUCUGCCCAAACCUCCCCUCUGACACGGUUACCCCAGGACAGCACACACAGGCAGGUUGACCCGAGGUGCUGCCAGCCUCAGUGCAGGGCCGCCGUCUGUUCCCCAGGGAGCACACUGCCUUCUCACUUCUGACGCCAGUGUCCUCAGGGCCCGGUCCAGGCGUGUGCGUGGACCCGCCGCAGACGGUGGCCGAGUGGCCCCGCCUACCCCGUGCCCACCCAAGUGGCCUUGUGGACGACUCCCCCUCCUCUGUGUGGGUCGUCCUCCAUACUGCUUCCCCCAGGAAGCUGUCAGCCUCACCCACCUACUUGGGCUCCUGAAAGCUGGUGAGGCGGCAGCUGUGCCCACCAGGGCCGCCCCCACCUUUCAGGAAGCCCCGAGCCCUGGCCAGGGCCAAGGCCCCAUGCUGCCCACCCUGGUGCCUUCGCAGUGUACGCUGCCC